CCUCGCGCGCCGCGCACGCAGGGGACUGGCCCGGGCGGCGCUGCGGGCCACGGCGGGCGAGAAACGUCGGGCCGUCCCCGCGCCCCGCGCCCGGCGGACCUGAGGCGGGGUCAGCGCCCCGGGUGCUGCGUGGCGCAGCGGAGGUGAUGGCGCCGGCGGCUUCGAAGCUGCGAGCCGAGGUCGGGCUCGGGGCGCUGCCGCGACGGGCGCUCGCCCAGUACCUGCGCCUACUGCGGCUCUACCCGGUGCUCACCAAGGCGGCCACCAGUGGCAUUUUGUCAGCACUUGGGAACUUCCUGGCCCAGAUGAUUGAGAAGAAGAGGAAAAAAGGAAACGGCUCUCAAAAGCUAGAUGUCAGUGGCCCUCUCAGAUAUGCCAUUUAUGGGUUCUUCUUCACAGGGCCGCUGAGUCACUACUUCUACCUCUUCCUGGAGCGCUGGGUCCCGCCCGAGGUGCCGUUGGCAGGGGUCCUGAGGCUCCUCCUGGACCGUGUCCUCUUUGCGCCUGCCUUCCUGUUGUUGUUCUUCGUCAUCAUGAACUUCCUGGAGGGCAGAGACGCGGCCGCCCUCGCCGCCAGGGUGAGGAGCAGAUUCUGGCCGACGCUGCAGAUGAACUGGCGCGUGUGGACCCCGGUGCAGUUUAUUAACGUCAACUACGUCCCUUUGCAGUUCCGGGUGCUUUUUGCCAACGUGGUGGCUCUGUUCUGGUACACCUACCUGGCCUCCCUGGGGAAAUGAGGACGGCCUGGAGAAUGUCACCUGGUCAGGGUGAGGAGCAGAAACAACCUGGUCAGGACUUCGUGUAAAUCAAGAUGCCCUGAAAUGAUGGAUGGAGACAUUGCAAUCUCUUAACAUCAGAAUCUUAUAUUUUAAAAAGGCACUAGCUGACUUUACAUGGUGUUACCCUAGAAACUUAUAGUAAUAAUUUCACUUGUCAUCUUGGAUUGAAUUAGGAUCACAGCAAACAAUAAUGUAGCUUUUUCAGUGGUGAUUUUAA